AUUACUUUAAAAGAACCAGUCCCCUUUUUUCUGUUCAUUUGUUAGAGAAAAUGAGGUCUUCUUGGUGUGAUGUUACAUUUGUUUAGAUAUGUGAGAUGCUGUACUUUUUAGCUCUGCUGCUGAUAACAGAGAUGCUGCUUUUGUAGCUUAAGUCAGGCCAAAGUAAGGGCAGAGAGAAAAUCAGCCUCAUCCUUAUCCUCAUCAUAUGGCCACAGGGCCUCACACCACAAAUAAUGCUAAAAAUUAUACUUCUUGUUUCUGUGGCUACAAAGUUUCCCAGUCGCUGUCCUUUGUCUCUCUUCUUCAGAGGCUUGAGGAUGGUUUGCCUUGUGCAUUGCACUGCAUAGGGCUGUAAAACUUGGAAGGUUUCUGAGGCAAGCAGCAGCAGCAGCCAUGGAGCCUGCCAGUGCUAGCUUGGUCUCCCUGAGGGCAUCCACCGCCACGAGCCGCAGCUGCUUCUCAUGUCGACAGCAAGGGACGCCCAAGACCAGGAUGCUUCCGGCCAUGGCGUCCAAGUCCGGGGCGAAACUGGUGGCUUCAGGCUGCAAGACAUGCAGGGGGAAGGGUGCAGUGGAAUGCGAAGGCUGCAAGGGGACAGGCAGGAACAAGAAGAACGGCAACAUCUUCGAGAGAUGGAAGUGCUUCGACUGCCAGGGGUUUGGGAUGAGGAAGUGCCCCACCUGCGGCAAGGGAGGCCUCACGCCGGAGCAGAGAGGAGAAAGAUAGAAGAAACAGCCAAGCAUCCAUCCAUCCAUGGCAGAUGCACUCUCCAGUGUCAUAUUUAUCAUGCUCAACUUUGAUCGAACUCUGACUACUAUCUAGAAGUAAGUAUCACCCAGAAUCGCCAAGCAAAAUGUCGAAAACCGAAUAUGGUGAUACACAUAAUUGGUUUGAGAACCGGCAGUAUAAUGCCAAGCAGAAUGUUGUGAGGAAAUCAACUGGUUUCUGCGCGUA